CCUCAGAACUCAGACAGAAGUAGACGCUGAUGAUAUCCGUCGGCUAAAAGAACGACUGGCAGAAUUGGAGAGAGGUGUGGAGGAGAAGGAGAACCAGUUGUUCUCCUUGGAGGAGUGGCAGACAUCAGGACAGCGGCUGGAGGAGAUUUCCUCCCGUCACGCUUUGGUGUGUGAGGAGCUGAAGGAGGUGCAGCAGCAGCUGAUGAAUGCAAAGGAGGAGGUCAAGAGAAGAGACCAACAACACGAGGAGCAGCAGAAGGAGAGUAGGAUGCUGCAGGAGGAGCAAGACAAUCUGAGGAAAUGCAGGGAACAGCUGGAGGAGGAGUUGCAGGAGCUCAGGUCCCUGUCAGUGUCACACCACCUGCAGCUCCAGCAGCAGCAGCAGCAGCUGUCCUUGAUGGAGGUGGACAGGAAUCAGCUGACCACACAUAUCAGGACGUUGCAGCAGGCCAAAGCUGCCUUACAGGGAGAGGUUGAGUGUUUGAGAGGAGAGCUGCAGCGGGAGGCCUCCAGGAGACAAGAUGACAGGGAGGCGCUGCAGCAACAGGUGGAAGACUUGAGGAGGACAUCAGAGGAAGACAAGGACCACAGGGCAGAGGAGGAGGCCUGGCAGAGAGAAAGAGGAGCUCUGAGUCGAGAGCUUGGUACAAAAGAUGGAGAGCUGGAGGCACUGAGGAGGUGCAUCGAUGGACUUUCAGGGGAAAUGGAGGAGAGACAGUGGGAGGUUGAGAGGCUAAGGGACGAAGUGGUGGCGGGAGAGGCACGGAUUAGCCUGAUGUUAGACAGAAUACAGCAAACAGAGGAGGAGAAGGAGAAACUGGAGGAGGAGGUGAAGAGGAGAGAGUUCAGCCAGAUAGAGGAGGAGGAGAAGAGGAGGGAGGAAGAAAAGCUGAGGAAUGGGGAGACUGAGGCGCUCUGUGAGCAGAUAGAAAAAUUAGAAGGAGAGAAAGAGCAAAUCCAGAAGGAGGUUCAACGGCUGAAGAGUGAGGAGAACAAAUGGAAGAGAAGGGAGGAGGAGCUGGAGAAGGAGGUCAGUAGACUGAGAGAUGAAGCCUCCAUGUUAGAGGUAUGCAGGGAGGAGGAGAGAAGGCAGAGGGAGCAACUGCUGAGAGAAAGUGAGGAGGCGCAGGACAGGCUGGAGGAUAAAGUGAAGGAGGUGGAACUGCUAAAUGUAAGACUGAGUGUGGCUCAGGAGGAGAGUGAGGAGAGGAAGAAGGAGGUGCAGAGGAGAGAGUGCAGCCUUGAGAAGCAGCUGAAUGUGGUAUGGGAGAGGGAGAAGGAGUUGGACAUUCUGAACAAGCUCCUAAGAAUGGAGAAGGAGCGCAAGGAGGAAGGAGAGAGGGAGCACGAGUUUGUUAAAACCAAACUGAAGCAGGAGGAGAUGAGGGUGGAGCAGCUGGAGGUUCUGCUGAAAGAAACCAGGGUUCUUCUUGAAAAGGAACAGAGGGACAGAGAAGAAAAGGAGCAAAUUUGCUCCUCCCAGACCAUGAAGUUGCAUGAGUCACGGGCUGAGAGGGAGGUAGCAGAAAGGAGGACCAGAGAAAGGGACGAGGUCUGUACAAGGCUGAAAGAGGAGGUAAGACAAUGGAAGGAGAAGGAGGAAAAGGUGGCAAAGGAGGUAACAAGGCUCACUAAAAUCCUAAAAGAACAACAGGAGGAGGUGCAGCGUUUAAGACUUGCACUGGAGGAGGAGGAGGAAGCAACAAGAGAGAAGGAGGUGCAUAGAAGAACUGAGAAGGAGAGAAGAAUUAAAUUAGAGGAGAAAGUGAGGGAGAUGGAGGAUGAGCAACAGAAACAGAAAGAAGUACUUGCCAGAGCCAUGGAGGAGAGGAGGAGGUUAGAGGAUAGAAUGGAAGAAAAUGAGGAGAUGAAGGAGCAGAGGAGGAGGCUGGAAACCAAACUGAAGGAGGCACUGGACGGAGAAAGAGAAAAGGUGAUGAGGCUUGAGGAGCAACUGAUAGAGAAGGAGAAAGAAUUGGAGGAACAGCAGGAGGUGCUGAGGAUUAAAGAGGAGAAACUAAAGAAGAUGGAGGAACAGAGGAGGGUGAUGGAGACUGAGAGAGAUCAGCACCUUCUGGAGGAGGAGAAGAGAAGGUUCAGGGUGAAGGAGCUGGAGGAUGAGAAAGCUUUACUCUCAGCAGAACUCAGGAGGAGGGAGAAGGAGGUGGCAGCUCUGAGAGUGGAGGUGCUGAAUGAGAAAGACAAGGCACACAAGGAGCUGGGGGAGAAGCAAGAGGAGCUUGAUGCACUCAGACAGGAGGUUAAGGAGCAAAGGGAAAAGGAGGAGGAGCUCAAAGGAUUUAUAAAUAAAGUGACAGCUCUGAGAGAGGAGGCACAAAGAGAAAAGGAGGUGGCCCAAGAAAAGUUCCAGGAGGAACUUUUAAAGGAGGAGGAGUGGAGGUCAAAGGAGCAGCUGAACAGCAAUAAGGCCCAGGAAGAGCUAAAAAGGCAGAUGGAGGAGGUGCAUCAAGAGCUGUUGAGGAGCAAGAAGGAGGUGUCUGUGCUUAAAGAUAAGCUUGACGAUGAAAUAAGGGUGAAGAAGGAGGAGCAGGAUGUGCUCAUAAAGCAGAAAGAGGAGGUGCAAGAGGAGCUCAGGAAGGCAAGGAGUGAGUUAACGGUCUUCACGGAGGAGGUGCAGAGGGAGAAAGAGCAGAUGAAAGGGGCGUUAACAAAGGUAGAAAUGGAGGUGGUCACUCUGAGAGAGGAUGUGAAGAAAGAGAAGCUGGAGUCCCAGGAGAAGCUGGAGCAGAAGAAAGAAGAAGUUGCAGUUCUUCAACAGGAGGUACAGAAGGAGUCCAGGAGGAGGGAGAAGGUUCAGGAGGAGCUGAGAGGAAUGCAACAGAGUGUUCAGCAGAUGGAGGGGAGCCAGAGCUCUCUAAGGACUCAGGUGUUGGAUCUGAGCCACAGCAGGGAGCAAGCAUGGCAGGAAGUGAGGGAGAAGGAGGAGGAGAAACAGACAAUGAGGGAGGAUCUGAAGGUGGCGCUGGAGGAGGUGAUGGACCUGAAACAUCUCCUGCAGGAGAGCCACAUAGAGGGGGAGCAUCUAAAGCACACGAUAGAGGAGAAGGAAGAGGAGGUGGCGAGAGUCAGAGAGGAGAAUCAACAGGCUCUCAGGAAGGAGGUGGAGAGGACAGAAGAGGUGGAAGAGCUGAGAGCUAGAAUCAAGGUCCUGGAGACGAGGAAGAGGGAGGUGAUGGGAGAGCUGGAGAGAAAAGCUGAAGCUGAGAGGAGGUGGAUGAGCAGAGUGGAGGAGGUGGAACAGGAACAGGAGAGGAAGCUAAAAGAUCUUCACACAGAAAUCCAGAUGUUGAGGAACAGACAGGAGGAGGUAGAGUUGAAGAAGAUCAAAGAGGAGCCACUGGAAAACGGCACUGAGCACAGCCAGGUCAGAGGCCUGUUGGAAGAGCACGGAUGUUCUUUAUCGGAGCAAAAAGUGGAGGCCGACGGACUGAGGAGGAGUCGAGAAGUCCAGAGCGGAGGAGGAAGAGCGGAGGAGGAGAAGGAGGUCACCUCUCAGCUGAGGGAGAAGGAACAAAUCAGAAGGUUGCUCCAACAAAAGGAGGCUGAGGCUCACACACAGCUCACGAUCUCAGGGUUCUGCAACUACCACAGAAGCAGAUCAGCUUUGUAGCACAGUGAGGGAGCUGGAGGACCAGGUUAGUCACCUUCGUCUGUCGUUGGCUGCGGAUCAACAGCAGAGAAUGGAGUUUAUUGAGCAGUCCUCCAGAAACAGCCAAUGGCUGCUGUCCUUGAGACAUGACCUCACAGAUUCACUAUCUACUGUCACUCGUCACCCAGUCCCAUCAGUUCUAGAGUCAGAGACGCAGCGAUUGGACCGCAGCCUGAGGGACGAGGAGCUUAGAUUGUCCCUCAGUGACUCGUAAUGUGUGACCGAUCGGUGUCAUCAGCUUCUAUUUAUUCUGUCCUCUGAUUGGACAGACUGAGGCCAAAGCAGCCUGACUGAGAGGUGAUCUUUGUUAUUGUUUACUGUUUGUUUAUUUGUUGACGCCAGACUUUGGUGUUACGUUUCCCAUCGUCCUCCACUGGGAGGUCUUCUGCUUGUAUAGAUAAAUGUUCAAUAAAAUUUUUACCGCA